AUGCCCCUGGUGACCAUUGUAUUCGGGGCUUUGGCAAAAGAAUUCAUCAAUGGCGAUGAGAAAGCGCCGCAAGAUGUUCGAAACCAAGUUCAACACCUCACGCUCUAUUUGGUCUAUAUCGCAAUUGGAUCUUUUCUUACAACCAUGAUCAGCACAUGGGGCUUCGAUGUUGUUGGGGAAAGGAUCACACAUGAACUUCAAGAGAGAUAUCUCUCUUCUGUCCUACAACAAAACAUCGCCUAUUUUGAUGUCCUCGGAACGGGGGAGCUCACUUCAUCCAUGGACCACGACAUGCAAUUGAUCCAGGCAGGACUUUCACAAAAGGUUAGCUAUAUCAUCUCUGGCAUAUCUGGCUUUGGGGCAGCCAUAAUUUUUGCAUUCAUGCAAAAUCGGAGAUUUGCAUCUAUCAUGAUCUCACAACCUCUUGCUCUUGUUACGUGGGUAGGGGUUAUGGGAUACUUCUUGAGCAUCACGCAGAAGAGAGGCUUGAGACAAUACGCCAAAGCCGAUAAUUUGGCACAGGAAGUGCUGAAUGCAAUGAGGAACGUUCUUGCCUACCGCAGUCAAGAGAGAUACUCCAAAAAGUUUUUUGAUACUCUGCAGUGUCCAGCUGCACUGGAAUUUCGGGAACGUUUUAUUUUCGGUUUUAUUGUCGCAGGCUCUUUCACGACUUUGCAUUGGGGCAACGGGUUGGGUUUCUGGCAAGCCAAUAGACUCUUCCAUCAAGGAGUCUGUACUGUUUCAGAAGUGUUGGUCAUUCUGUAUGCAGCAAUGGUUGCAGGUGGAAUGCUGUGCCAAGCGUUGCCAUUUGUUGUCGAUAUAACACUGGCAAAUGGAGCAGCCCGUCGGGUGUUCUCAGUCAUUGAACGUGUUUCGCCGAUAAACCCAAUGAAUAAAAUGGGGAUAAUACCAUCUUCAAUUGGUGAAAUUCAAUUUGAAGACGUGAGCUUCACUUAUCCCUCGCAGCCCGAGAGGACUGUCUUGGAAGGGGUCAGUUUCACUGUCCCGCCAGGCCGCACUAUGGCCUUGGUAGGACCCUCGGGCUCUGGAAAAUCCACAGUCUUUGCCAUUUUGGAAAGAUUAUAUCUUCCAUUCAAUGGGACUAUCACCUUGGGUAACGAACCACUCGAGAAUAUCAAUGUUGCGUGGCUCAGGUCCCAGAUUGGGUAUGUCGGUCAAGACAUUACUCUGUUCGAUGCGUCUAUACAUGACAAUAUCGCAAAUGGUCUAUCCAUAGCUGAAAAUGAGACUUUAGAAGAAUCGGCUGUCCGAAGCAUAGUCAUCCAGGCUGCUGAAAAAGCUCAAAUCCACUCUUUCGUAAUGGAUCUUCCGCAUGGUUACGACACCGUGAUUGGGGCAAAUGGGUCGAGCCUAUCUGGCGGACAAAGGCAAAGAAUUGCCAUUGCACGCGCCAUUGUUUCGCAGCCAGCGAUCCUACUCUUGGACGAGGCUACAGCUGCUUUGGACAGUCAAAGUGAGAAAGAGGUACAAGAGGCUCUGAAUGAAGCCGCUUCAGGACGAACCACUAUGAUAAUUGCUCAUCGACUGUCAACUGUUCAAAAUGCCGAUAUAAUACUUGUCCUAAAGGAUGGCCAUAUUGUGGAUCAAGGUUCACAUGCAGGCUUGAUGAAAACUUCCACGACGUAUCAAGAGUUAGUGAGACACCAAGCAUUUCGCUCAGAUGACCGACCAGUGAAAAAUCUAAACUGCAAGUUACCAUACUCUGAGAAAGAUGUCGAAGAAUUGGAUGAUCUUUCCGUCCCUGUUGAUGGAGUCAAGUUGCCAGAAGGUGCGCCGGUGUUAGCAUUACGACCCAGCAAUGGCGCCAAGCAUGUUUGGCAUCUCAACAAGCCAGAGCUAUCUUACACCAUUGCAGGUGUUGUUUUCAGCAUUUUUGCAGGACUAUCUUAUCCAAUCCAAGCAAUUUUCUUCGGAAACGGCGUCAUAUCAAUCAUCAACCCUGCUCUCAGUACUGGCGGUCACAAUGUGCAAUUUUGGGCAUUGGUAUAUCUUAUACACGGGAUCGUUGUGUUUGGUAUAUACUGUGCGCGAGGAUAUUGUUUUGCAAUGGCAGCGUCGCAAUUAAAUCUUCGAGCUCGGUCAAGCUUGUUCAAAUGUUUGCUGAUGAAGGACCUCCCAUUUUUUGAAAAGAAGUGCCAUUCAACCGGGCAAUUGGUGACCUUUCUUUCGUCGGGAACAAAUAAAGUCACCGGUGUCUCGGGUACGUCUGUUGGUCUUGCAGCAGAGAGCAUCGUAAUGCUCGCAACAGGAAUCAUUGUUGGAUGCAUUUUUGGAUGGGAGCUUGGUCUUGUCUCGACAGCUGCAGUACCAUUGGUGGCACUCUCUGGCUUUCUGCAGUAUUAUAUUGUGUCGCAGGUGCAGAAGCACGUCAAACGAGAUACCAAUGCCGCGACCAUUGCGCAUGAAGCUUUUUCAGCAAUCAAAACCGUUACAGUCCUUGGCAUGCAGAGGACCAUCCUUGAAGCCUUCCGAAAGGAGAUUCGAAGAGAGAGCCAGGGCAGGUACUGGGUCAUUUCUGCAGUUAUUUAUGCAUGUACUCCUAUGCUUCGCGUGCUAAGCAUUGCUUUUGUGUUUUGGUACGGUGGAACGCGGCUGAUUGCAACAGGCGAGUACAGCAUCCAACAGUUCUUCAUCUGCUUUGCAGCAACGGUGUGGGGAUCACAGUCUGCCGCUGCUCUUUUUGCACAUGCUCCAGAUCUUGCGGGUGCGUAUGCUGCUGCCAAUCGAUUAGAGUACUUGAUGCAGCCCAGUGGUUCACAAUGUUCGAAGAAACAAGACAAGGUCCCCAGGCCUGCGCCGGGCACUGUCGAAGACCUUGCUUUGCAGCGCGUAAGAUUGAAAUAUCCGGCUCGGUCAUCUCAUAUGGCAUUAGACGAUGUCAGUUUCGACGUUCCGGAAGGAGCAUUCAUCGCUCUUGUUGGGACCACCGGCAGCGGCAAAAGCUCAGUGAUCAAUCUUGUGGAGCGUUUUUAUACGGCCGAGUCUGGGAAAAUAAUUUUAAGUGAGAAGGAUAUCAGGGAGUAUGAUCAGGAUAGCUAUCGUCAGUACCUGGCGCUGGUUGACCAAAAUCCUUGUCUGGUUGGGGAAGAUAUGCGCGAGUGCCUGCAGAGUGAUGAACGGGUCAUCUCUGACGAUGAGAUUCUGGCAGCUUUAAAAGGGGUUGGACUGGCUGAUUUCGUGCUUUCCCUUGCUCAAGGCUUGAGUACCCCCGUCUUGGCCAAUGGAUCAACCCUUUCUGGGGGACAGCGCCAGCGCAUGGCGAUUGCCAAGGCCCUUUUGUGGGAGCCAAAGAUCCUCUUGCUCGACGAAGCCACCUCCGCACUGGAUACUGCAUCCGAAAUGCUCGUCCAAGAAGCACUCAAGCACGCGAUGAAAGGCAGAAGCACGAUUGCAGUUGCACAUCGACUGAAAACAAUCGUUGAUGCAAUCCCAGGGACCACAACAACAGUAUCCGAAGAGCACAAGCCGAUAAUACCUUCCUCUGGAAGCUGGGGAACAUGGUUCAAUUCGCAUCAAUAUACCCAGCCCAAUACUUCUCAAGCCUCUGGAAAGGACUGGAACAUUUUCCAUCAUCUCGGAGGUAAUGGACCCUGGGUUGAGAACAUCCAUGAGAAAGCGGCCUCCAGACUUGAAAUCCCAGAGGGCUGCUCAAUUGAUCAGGUGCACCUGAUAUCACGACACGGGGAGCGAUAUCCCACGCGAUCUGUUGGGAACCGCCAUUUGAUGUUUCUCAGGCGCAUUAAAGACACUGGUUUUGCUCUAAAUGGAUCCCUUGCAUUUCUCCAAAACUGGACCUAUAUCACGGACGACCCUGAGAAUGACUUUGGUGAAUUGACACGUACAGGUCCAUAUGCUGGUACCUUGAGUUCGUUUUCAAAAGGCGUUCAAUUUCGAACACGGUAUGGACAUCUCAUUCCCAAUAGUAUUCAAACACGGCUGUGGGCAAGUGACUCAGGCCAUGUGAUUGAGACAGCCCGCCAUUUCGCCUCUGGAUUCUUUGGUCUAGACUGGGAAGUAUCUUACAAAGCAGAGCUACAGAUCAUACCAGAGACUUUCGAGCGUGGUGCAGAUACUCUUACUCCGGGUAAUACCUGCCAUAAGUACCUCGAAGAUACCAUCCAUGGCCAUGAUAAUGGCCAAGAGGCGCUUGCGCGUUUCCAGGAAAGCUACACACCUGCAAUUGCGGAUCGGCUCAUGCAUGAAGGAAAUUUCGGUCUCAAAGAGCUUUCCAGCAUGGAAGUAUACGCUAUGCAGGAAAUGUGUGGGUUUGAGAUAAUGGCUCGAGGGUCGAGUCCAUGGUGCCAGGUGUUUACCGAGCAAGACUGGCAACACUUUGAGUAUGCUCGUGAUCUGAUUCAUUAUUACCGUGCCGGACCAUGCAAUCCCUAUUCUGGUGCUAUGGGAUGGCUAUGGCUGAAUGCAACAACCGGAUUGCUUCGCGAUGGGCCGGAGGCUGGCAGUCUGUUCUUUAGCUUUGUCCAUGAUGGUGACAUAGCACCUUUCAUCACAGCUUUGGGUGUUCUUGGGAGUGAAGAACAUCUUCCUAUAACUCGUGUUGUAGCAGACCCAAAUGAUCAGUCCUAUGUUCGAGUCAACAUCAAUGAUCGCAUUAUGCCGUUGCCAUUCUGCAAGUCAGGUCCUGGGGUGUCCUGUUCUCUUGGUCACUUUAUGGACUAUGUUCACCAGCGCAGGGCAGAGGUAGGGCACUUUGCAGAGACACGUGACCGUAUCCCGGCGAACCAAUGUUUACCAAAAAGUUUGGCUUCCUCCUUCGAUUACUUUGCUUUCGCACUACAUCAACUUCUGGGGGAUUUUGCUGUCAUACCUUCAUCAGUCUUUACUGCACAUCUCAAAUUUACAUAUUUGACUGCGCCCACCAUGGAGUACCACUCCGUCCCACCGGAGGAGCGCGCUAGGGACGAGCAGGGCAACCUCUUGCCCUGGGGCUACGUGUACAAAGACGAAACUCGCAACCCCCGACGACCAGCAGAAGAAUCAGGACCCUUUGGCAAGCGAAGAAACGCUCGAUACCAAAAUGAUCGAUCGCGCACACGAACUGGCACACCCGCGGCCAGGCGAGAGAAUGCCAAUGUCGCUGAGUUCGAUCGGUUAUUCUCAAUGCAGCAACAGGACGUAGAGAAGAUACAGGGUCUACCCAAGUCAACAUCGUCAUCCAGCCUUGACAACCCACGAAAACUUUCCGAGAAGGUCGCAACCGAGUGUAUACUGUACGGAUACAAAAACAAGGACAACGAGUGGAAAGUUAUCAACAAAUACGAGCAAAUCUCGCAGGGCCAAAUUUGUGAAGACUAUCCGCGCAGUGAUCCCAAAUCUGCCACACCCUACUCUCAGAUGCUGAGCGGCGGCGACGUCGUUAUCCGCACGAAUCUUUCCGCCGACGCGAAUCGCAAGUCAAAGCGCUAUGCCGGUGGCUACCAUUGGAUCAAGGUUACCUACGACUCGAGCCAAUCCGCAGACCGCGCCUGUUUCUAUUCACCGCAGGAGAUUGAUGGACAUAUCGUGUACUGUGAGCUGUACAGCGGCCAUGGACCAGCUGAAGAUAGCCCCAUCCCUGUGGGCUCUGCGACGAGCGAUCGCCUUCACAAGAGGGGAUCGCGCACCCUGACCACCUCACACUCGACUGCAUUCCUCUCCAACUUUAGCAAGGACCAGGACCGAAUGACCUUACCCCGGUCUUUUGCCAUGAACAAUCUCUCCAGCGUCCCAGAUUUACCAGAAGAGAACUCGCCCGAGUCCACCACAAUCACAGACAAUACCAUCGCAGCCACAUCCUCGACGGUAACCUCCGCAACCGCCACACCCUUGCUAAACACCGGCGGCUGGAGCACAAGCCCGACGGAAGCCGGCCCUUAUACAGGCGCUUUAACAAGCCGCAGUCUGGCAACCGACAGCUCCUCUAUGCGCCAGCGCCGCGCCUCCGCUGCCGCCCUCAACCCUACAGAACCCAACCCCGAUCACGAAUUCAUGACACACAUCCCCACAGUCCGCCGAACCAAGCUGCGCCCGUUGGCCGAAGCCCUCCCUCCCCAGCCAACACUCACAGAGCGUGUCCUCCGUUCCAUCCCCAUCUUAAGUUGGUUCACUGGCGACAUCGUGGGCGAAGGCCCACAACUCUGCGACGACGGCACAUUCGACUGGGACAAAUCUGGUUCCUAUUGGCGUUUCUGGUACACCAUCGAUGCAUUCUUGGGUACGGAUCUGUGCGGCAUGAAGGAAGAUAUCUGA